AUGGGUCAUGGCCUCCUACAAGAACCCGGCUCGUCGUCAGAUACACGCACCCCAAAUCGCCAGGCUUCUUCUUGUUCUCUGCCUCCUCCUGACUCCGCCUUGGACAAGAGGAACACUUCUCCUGCCGCCAGGAUGAACACCCUCGUCGUUUGGCCUGGGAUUGGCGCAUUGAUGGUGCACAAGAACAACUCGUGGCGACAAACCACCCUGCCAUCCCUCCGAUUCGUCCCGCCAAACCCUCGCUUACUGGCUAUCAGGACCAAGCAACGCGGGCCACUCGCAUUCCCACCCCGGUCCACCACGACCCCCAACCCUAAUCUCACCGAGACCCCAGAGGAGAACGAGGGCAUUCCCAUGGAGUACGUGAAGAUCCUGGCCAAAUUCAAGUCCCGCCACAACUACAUCCGCGUCCUCGACGUCUCUCGUCGCGCCGACCACCCCCUCGCCGGUUCUCGCCUGCUCCUCCUCGACCGCCCCGGCAACAUCCACAGCAUCUCCUUCCUCCUUAGGACCCUCACCUCCACCUACUUCGACGUCUUCGCCACCCUCCCUCCCCUCCUCCCCCACGGAGGCGGGCCCAUCGCCAUACUCGGCUUCGGCGCCGGAUCCGCCGCCCGCCUGAUCCUCAGCCUCUACCCGGACGGCGCCGCCCCUGCCCCCGAGAUCCACGGCUGGGAGUUCGACCCGUCCGUGAUCGCGGUCGCCCGAGAGUUCUUCGGGCUGUCGAAGCUCGAGAGGCAGCACCGGGGCAAGCUCUUCGUCUAUGUUGGCGACGCGCUCGAUGCCAAGGUCGAAGGCGGCUUUGCGGGAAUCCUGGUGGACCUCUUCGCGAAGGGAAGCGUGAUACCGGAGCUGCAAGAUCCGAAAACCUGGGAGAAUCUGAGAAGCAGGCUGAAGACUGGGGGGAGGAUGAUGGUGAACUGCGGUGGCAGAUGCGUUGAGGCGGAGGACCCGCGCAGGGACGGAGACUUGGUGAGAGAGGAGACGCUGAGGGCGAUGGGGAAAGUGUUCGCCGACGAGUUGUUUGUUAUAAAUCUGGGGGCGGGUGGGAGGAAGGAGGACAGUUGGCUGGCCCUGACGGGACCUGCGCCGGAUGUAGAUGCUUGGAAGCGGGCGUUGCCGGCGGCGGAGCUGAGGCGGUACGUCGACAUGUGGACACCACCAUCCAAUAUUGGUUAAGGCUUGUAGUUCUGACAUGCACCAUUGCUGCAUCUAGUUUCAUUUUGAUUCGAACCAACACACCAAAGGUUGAUGCGCAUCCUGUACUGCCACAAUGAACACUGGUAUUACAAGCAACAUUGCCGAGGAAGAGAAGUUGCUAAUCUUUA